GCAAAAGUAAACAGAAAUAUUUACUAGAAACCGAACCACAAUUUGUAAUCGGCAAUUCCUACGAUAAGAUUCCUACAAACUCAUCGAAUGAGUCCACCGGUAUUCAGGCUAAUUCAAAUUUGCUGGAAGAUAAGAUUAUCUUAAAAAAAUUAUAUAUUUUAAAAUACCGAACUCGUUGACAGUUCGUUCUUCUAAUAUGUGAAUCCAGUCGAUAUACCUACACACGCAACCAAACUUUUAUUCUAAAGAUAAGAAAGAUAAUUUUCCGAGUAUUGAUUUCCCUAUACAAACGACGAUUUUUUUGCUUUUAUUACUUGAUUGACCGAGAUAAAAAUAUUAUAGAAAAAUGGGAAAACUCCGAUGUUUUCGUUCUAAUUCAGUGGAUUCAGUUUAUACAUCUGUAGAGAAUGGUCAAAACGAUAUGAAUAAAAAACAGUUUUUUAAGAGUUGGAAGUUGUGGCAGAAGAUUGCGUUUAUUUCGGGUGUAGCAUUAUUCAUCAUUCUACUUCUCAUAUUUUUGGCAAUAUGGGUAAUAUUUCCUCUAGUAUUUAUGAAUUCCAUAUCAGUACAAAGGUUCUUCAUAUUCUUUAAUUUUCAAGAUCCGAAGAAUCCCGAAUUCAACAAUCCUCAAAAAUAUGGCAUGACCGGGGUAGUAAAUUUCUAUAUAACCACCAAAGAUCUGAUAGACGGCUCUCUAGUAAGCAUCGGAGCUUGGCUGUUGUUACAAGAAAAUCAGAUACAAUCUACAAAAAUCGCAGGUCAGGAUGACAAAACAGCGAGUGAAAUCAUUAGAAAUACAAAGAGUCCAAUUGCAAUAUAUCUGCAUGGUGUUGGGUGUAACAGAAUAAAGCCAAAAGAAACGUACGAGGUUUUGAGGAAGCACUUUUUGGUCAUUUCACUGGACCACAGAGGAUAUGGUGAUUCCGGUCCAGAUAAACCACCAACAGAACUAGGAAUUGUUGGUGAUACAUCCCAGGUAUUUCAAUGGAUCCGAGCUUUAACAGACAACGAUAUUUACGUAUGGGGCCAUUCGUUAGGAACAGCUUUAAGCACCCACUCAGUCAAAAGGCUCAAGGAACAAAGUAUCGUACCAUCCGGACUAAUUUUAGAAUCUCCGUUUACUACCAUGAGGGAGGAAAUUCCAGCAACGUCGUUAGGAAAGAUAUUUUCUUGGAUGCCAUGGUUCACAGCGACUGUACUAAACCCAAUUGAAAAAAAUGGCUUCCAAUUUAAAACUACAACAAAUAUCCUCGAUGUUGAUUGCCCCAUCAUGGUUAUGCAUGCUCAAGACGACAACGUAAUUCCCUACACCCUUGGCGAAAAAGUGUACCAUGUUGCCAGUACGGAACGAAAAAUUCCAGAUCAAGGAAACGUUACCUUCCACCUAUUUGGUAGGCUGGGAUAUGGGCAUGUUGGUAUUACAAGCGAUCCAAAUGUACCAAAAUAUAUUGACGAGUUUAUCGGAUUUUGCAAGGACCAGCAUAAAAGAAGAGGUUGAUAUCUACACCUUCAACGGUAAAAAUCGAAUUUUCAACGAGAAAUUUAAUUUCCAGUUUUGUUAUUAUGAUGUCCAAAACACAAACCAUCACAUAGUGUGUUCAAAUCUAAAAGUCAAGAAGAGUACCUAUAUCAAAAAUGCUCAAAAGUGAAUAUCAACAAACUUGGAAUCUUAUAUGGUCUGAAGAUUUAUGGAACUAAUACAAAAAGAUAGUCUAAUGCAGUGAUUCUCAAUCUUUUUGAGUCAUGUACCAUGUACCACAAAAAACUUUUUAUUAUUUUUGGUACCACCUAACUGAAAUACCUAUCUAGCUAGGUAAUCUAAUUAACUAUAACAGUGGUGCUGAUUUUGGCUGUUUUUGCGUUUUGUGUACCACCGCAAAUAAUGAUAUGUACCACCAGUGAUACAUGUACCACAGAUUGAGAACCGCUGGUCUAAUGUAUUCAAUUUUUGUAUUAGUUUCCAGUAGCAUCUGUUUGCAACUGUUCCGGCGUCUAUAUUUUGUUACCUUAUUUAUUAAAUUUUUUUAUGAAUAA